AUGGCUGCCUCCCUGGUGUUCAGACUACAUGACAGAGGGCCGGAGGUGGUGAGGGAGGUGCUGCUGGAGCGAGGAUGGGAGGAAUAUGACGGGGAGGAACAGGAGGAGGAGGACUGGAACCUGUACUGGCGGGGCUCCGCGUUUCGCAGCUCUGAGUACCACAACCUGCUGCCAUGGCAACGGCUCAACCACCACCCCAAAACUGUUGGAAUCACACGCAAGGACUGCUUGGCGCGCAACCUGAGGAGAAUGAGAGCCACGUUUGGUUCGUCUCUGUACGACUUCAGCCCCAACGCCUUCAUCCUCCCCAACGACUACACCCGCUUCCUGUCCGAGUACAACAAACUGCGUGCGACCCGAGGCCCGUCGGUCUACUGGAUAUGCAAGCCUGUGGAUCUCUCCAGAGGCCGAGGGAUCUUCAUCUUCCAGGACAUCAAGGAUCUAGUGUACGACUGCUCCGUCAUCGUGCAGCGCUACAUCAGCGACCCUCUGUUGGUGUCCGGCUACAAGUUCGACCUGAGGAUCUACGUGUGCGUGAAGAGCUUCCACCCCCUGACCGUCUACGUUCACCAGGAAGGUCUGGUGCGUUUCUCCACCGAGAAGUACAACCUGUCGUCUCUGCGCAACCUGUUCGCCCACCUCACCAACACCAGCAUCAACAAGUUCGGCCCUUUCUACAAGACGGAGAAGGAGCGAGUGGGCCAAGGGUGCAAGUGGACCAUGAGCAAGUUCAGGCAUUUCCUCCACAGCCAAGACGUCAACCAGCUUCUCCUGUGGCAGAGGAUCAGCAGCAUCGUCACGCUGACCCUCCUCACCAUCGCCCCGUCCGUCCCGUCUUGUCCCAACUGCGUGGAGCUGUUCGGCUUCGACAUCCUCAUCGACGCCAUGUUUAAACCCUGGCUGCUGGAGGUCAACUACAGCCCCGCGCUGACUCUGGACUGCCAGGCGGAUAUCACGGUGAAGAAAGAGCUAAUCGGCGAUCUGAUCGAUUUGAUGAACUACACGUUGGUUGACAGCUUGAGAGAGAGAGCCUAUCAGAGACAGCCUUGUUUCCACCCUUCUCACGUUCCUGCGCUCUCAAAGUUCAAAGAAACCAAAUCUCAGAAGCAGAGAAGCGGCAGCCAGUCGUCACAGACGCUCCCUCUGAUACAAACUCAUCGCCCGGUUGCAAAGAUGAACCAAAGACGCUCCAGGCAGCAUGCUUUGGUAGCCAACUACCAAAACCACUUUCCCCCGGUUGACUUAAACAAGAUCUAUGCAUCCAGGGGCAGAAGAGUCAAUAAAACCCUCACAGACCAGACCCUGAACCUGAUACUCGGCCCGCAUUCAAGGACGAACGUGUCAGCGGUGAGCAGACAGACGUGUCCGGCUCUCGCACCGCGGCUGAUGGACAACAGGAGUCUUCACGUGUCUGAGGUUACACGCCGUGACGACACUGAAACAGAAGCUGAGGUGGAGCUGGAGGCAGAGACAGACGUUUCCUCUUCGAUACGUGAUAUCCAGCUCGGGGGGCUGGGGUUCAGACGAUCCAAGCUCCCAGACAUUUACAGUGGGAGUCUCAGACCAGUGAAGAUCCCUCUGGACAGAAUCACAGCACUGAACAGACAACAUGUUCCUCCAAUCAGAGUCGGGGAUUUCAUACGGACAUUCCCGUUUAACGCAGCAACUCUGAGAGCUUCACAGCACAAACUGGAUGUAAAGAUCAUCAUACAGGAGCUGAACAGGCUCACGGCUCAGCUGGCCUCAUCAGGGAAGAAGAGGAGGAGGAGAGAAGAGGAGGAGGAGGUGAAGAAGGAGACAGAUGGUGAAGAAGACUUUGAUUCACUGUUGUGGGGGCCAAAGGAUCCUCCACUGCUCAACCAGUGCUUCAAACCAACGUAGAGUGAUGUUUCUUUAGA